AUGGUUCGAAGGCAUAAGAUUGAGGUGGCAGCUAUUCUUGAACCUCGAGUAAGUGGUUCAAAAGCAAAACAGAUAAUAAAAAAGCUGGGUUUUAAUAAUUCAAUAGUGGAGGAUGCUCAUGGAUUUACGGGAGGUCUUUGGUUACUAUGGAAUAAUGAUAGGUGUCAGGUUCAAGCAUUAAAACAGACCCAUCAAUUUAUUCAUGUUCGUGUUACAUUGGCAGAUCAUCAAGCUUUUCUUUAUACUGUUAUCUAUGCAAGUCCUAGAGAAGAAAUUCAGAAGAGACUUUGGGAUGAUUUACUUCAGUUAUCAGAAGAUAUCUCGGUUGCUUGGUUAAUUGCAGGUGAUUUUAAUGAAAUUGCCUUUCCAAGUGAGAAACGUGGUGGUGCUCCAGUUGAUACUAGCAGAUGUAAUAAAUUUGCUUCUCUUCUAACUGAUAUAAAGAUGAUUGAUCUUGAAGGAAUAGGUUCUAAAUUUACAUGGCGAGGACCAAGAUUUCUUCAUUUAGAUAGAGUUUUUAAACGUUUAGAUCGAGCUUGUAGCAAUGCUGAAUGGAGGUUGAUGUUUCAUGAAGGCCAGGUUCGAGUGCUUCCUCGUAUUAACAGUGACCAUAAUCCUAUCCUUAUUACCUUAGAGCCAAGCAAAGUUGAUGGGGUGGAACGCCCUUUCCGUUUUUGGUUGGAUCAUCAAUUUUUUAACAAUUUCAUCAAGGAAAACUGGCGUCAGGAUCAAAGAACAGUUGAUAGUCUUCGUGAUUUCACUCCUCUUAUUAAGCAGUGGAAUAAAGAUGUGUUUGGUAAUAUCCAUCAUAAGAAGAACAGGUUGAUUGGUAGGCUUGAAGGUAUCCAGAGGGCAAUUUCUGAGCAGAAUAAAAGCCAUUUGGAAAAGAUUGAAGGCAAGAUAAGGGGUGAACUUGAACAAGUUUUAGAACAGGAGGAACUUUUGUGGUUUGAAAAGUCUCGUGCUACUUGGAUAGCUCAAGGAGAUAGGAAUACAAAGUACUAUCAUACGAAAACAAUUGUUAGACGUAGAAGGAGCAUGAUCUUGGAGUAG